GAAUACUCAUUGCCUUAUACACCUCAGUUUGCACAGUGCAAAGAUCCCAGCACUGAAUUCUAUGAAGAAAGACUUAAUAAAUGUUGCAGCCAAUGCCCUCCAGGUGAGUAUAAGGCAGAGAGCUGCAGUCACACGACGGACACAAAGUGCAGUCCCUGUAGACCUAACACGUAUACAGAAAUCUGGAAUCGAUCUCCUCAGUGCUUUGCCUGCUCACCACCCUGCAGGAAAGGAUUUGUACAGAAUCAAACGUGCACUACGUCACAGGACAGAAUCUGUAUCUGCCCGCCCAAUGAGUACUGCAUUUCGAAAAUAUACGAGUACUGCAAAUUAUGUAAAGUGCAUAAAAAAUGUGGAAAAGGUUACAGAGUUUCCAGAAGAGGGACAGAUAGCACAGAUACAGAAUGUAAACCUUGUCCUCCUGGCACAUUUUCACAUGAGGAAUCCUAUGAUACCAGCUGUAUACCUCAUACAGUUUGUAAAUCAGUGGCUGUUCCAGGAAACCGCAUGAAUGAUGCUGUUUGCAGUGACUCGGGAUCAGCAGUUGCCACAGUUCUACCUCACACUAUUUUGAACCUGCUCCUGACCCACAGCCCGGCUUCCAACAAACCUGAAAUAAUAACUCAAUCUAUUGUUUUAAACUCUCUAUCUGACAGGUUUCACAUCAUUGGAUCGGUAGCAGGACCAUUGUUAUUGGUCCUGAUAAUCAUUAUUCUGGGGUUUUGCUUAGUCUCUAAAAAAAAAGCCCUUGUAUAUUCUUCACCGCCUACAGAACCAGAUUCACCUUUUUCCCCUACAGAAAAGCAGAGUGAGAAAAAGGUAAGAAAUACAGGGUCGCAAAACUCCAGCAGUUCUGAACAGGAAGAACAGCAUCUCCUGGAAACUACUGGGUCCAGCAGUAGCUCCCUGAAUAAUCCAGCUGGAUCUGCAAGAGUCAGUGCAAUGAGUGACAAGAAUAGCGAAAGGAAAGAAACCGCAGGAUCUCGGCAGCAACACUCAGCUGGAGACAGACACAACUCUGCGAGUUCGGAACAUUCUGGUAGCGGAGGAACGCAGGUGAAUGUGACUUGUAUCGUUAAAGUAUGUAGUCCAGACUGCAGUUCCCAGUUCCCAGAACAGACUAGUUCAACUAGCACGGAUUAUGGAAACACUCCCUAUUAUUCCCCAACAGGGGGAAAAAUUCCCCUUUCAAAAGAAGAAAACCCCUUGAAAAAAGACACGGAAAUUCAGAUCUCAGUGGAAAAUGAGGAUAAUUUACUUCAAGACUUACUUCCAGGAGAAAAGUUUCCUCUGGGUAGUCAAGAUGCGGAGAUGAAAACCAGCUGA